AGGGCGUUACCUCCAAACAAAAUGACAGCCAAAGCAUCAGACUAUCAACCAGUGGAGAGGAAUUACCACUCCACUGUACGGGUAGGAGACUACCUGUACAUGUGGGGUGGGCUCCAGCCUGAUCUCCCUGAAGUACAUAAUAAUGAAGAGAAGAAAUCAAUGUGUUCUGUGAUGGAGGUGUGUCACCUAAGGACUGGUAGGUGGGAGCAGAAACCCACCACUGGUUACCCUCCACUGGGUGUUGUUAGCUAUGCAGCAGCUGCCAUUGGAAGGGAAAUAUUUUAUUUCGGAGGCUAUUGUAAUCAUGAUGACUGUUAUUAUAAUAGUUUAUACAGUUUUAAUGUUGAUACCUUCAGUUGGAAGGAACUCUCUCCUACUACAUCUCAUCAUGGCCCUAUGAUGAAGGCCAACUGUGACAUGAUAGCAAUAAAAAAGAAUGGUGAGGACUAUCUUGUAGUAAUUGGAGGAUUUGGACCAUCUUCUAAUAAUACCCCACCACAACCUGGUGCCCAGUACAGUGGUGGAGUUCAUCAACGAUGCAACGAGAUUCAUUUCUAUAAACUCUCAACAGGUCAGAGCACAUACAGUUUAUAUUAAUAUAAUGAAGUAUUGUUAUUUGGUGGUUCUCCACUCAGACUGGUUGCAUUGAGAAUUGCUUGCUUGUUUGUUCAUGGUUGUCACUCCUAAUUAUUUGAUAAUAUGAUCAAAGAAAUAUCAACUAGUUUGCUCCACCCAAUGCAUUCCAUUCACACUAAUUAUUAUUAUUGAUAUUUUUAGGACAAUGGAUAUCACCAACUGUCACUGGAGACAGACCACCUCCUAUUCAUGACUUCACUUUAACAUCAAUUGAUAAUUCCAGUGCUAUACAAUUUGGAGGUAGCACUACUAAUAGACUCAGUAAC